AUGAAGCGAACGUUUGUCCUGGCGGCCACUUGCCUGCUCGGCCUGCUGGCCGUGGCCCAGGCCCAGAUGGACUGCGGUGCGGGCUUCUUCGGGGACGCCAACGGGUGCUGCCCGACCUUGAUCGACGGACUGGCCUACUUCCCCGACUCCCAGGGCUGCUAUCCGCUCUCCCUCGAGUCGGGCGUCUUCUACGCGGACGAGAACGGCUGCUACCCCAACGAAAACGUUCUGUGGCUUGCUCCCGAGAUUCUGGAGAACAAGGCCUACACCGAAAAAGCCGACGUUUACUCGCUGGGCGUCAUUUUCUGGGAGCUCCUCACCAAGGAGCGCUUCUUCGGCCACGUCAAGUUCAUGUCCAUACUCGAAGACAUGGUGAAAGAGGGCCAGCGUCCCGCCAUUCCCGAUUCAUGCAUCCCCUCCUACAAGCAGCUCAUCGAGCGCUGUUGGGCUCAAGUGCCUGAGGAGCGACCGUCGUGCAAGGAGAUCGUGGAGCGUAUCAACGCCAUCAUCCAGGGCGUGUGUCCCGACAUCGCCACCUACGACGCCGACGCCGACGCCACGUUCAAGGCCAAGCUGGAACGCGAGGCCGAGCUCCGACUGCGGCACGACAAGCAGCUCCGGCAGAAGCGACAACAAAAAGUGCGAGCUGCGCAGCGGGUCAACGUCAACGUUCGGGCCGUGGGCGCUGCAGAGCCGAAGACGCGUGUGCUGACGCAGUCGAUCAAGGAGCUGGCGGCGUCGCGCUGCUCCAAGGGCGACAUCAUCGAGUUCAUGGAGGAGUUCCUCAAGCUGCGCAAGGAAAGCCUUCAGCGGCAGGUAGACGACGACCCGGACGAGCCCGACGACGAUGGCGGCGACGCUGGCGUGGCCGCUGGGGCGAAGUUUGGCGGUGGCGACGCCGUCCAGCGGGCGAAGAAAGCCGAGGAGGAGCGGCGGUGGAUCGACGAGUUCCUUUCGCGCCUCGAAAGCGAGAAGGCCGCGCCGCCCAAGCGCGACGUUGUGACGCCUCCGCCCGACGACGACGAUGCUGCCGACUCGGACUCUGACUCUGAUGGCGCACCGGACUCGAUGGCCUCGCCACCACCGAAGGCGCCGGGCUCGGCCUACCAGGAAUCGCCACCGUUGUCGCCGCUCGCGGCAAGCUCCCGGCGCGGACUGAUGGUGAGCGGCGUGCUGCGCGGUCGUGAUGGCAUCCCCGCGCCGCUGUCGCCGCAGCCCCGCAAGGCUGGCAGCUACCGUGGUCCCGCUCCUCCGCGCUCCCCCUCGCUGGACGACUUCAAGUCCCCCAGCCUCUCCAACAGCGGCGGUGACUGGCGCUCGACCAGCGCCAGGACGGGCCAGCGGGCCGACGGGCUGGGGAGCACCCGAUCCUUGAGUGGCCUCACGCCGCCGAGCAGCGACGCCGACAAGUCCGAUCGCACACUUACAGACGCGCCGCCUGAGACGCCUCACGCCUCGGCGGCGGCGAAUGAAGCAGCGCCAGCACUGACGCCCGGCAAGACUGAUGAUGACCCGGCCGCGGCGAAGAGGAGGCCGACCGUGUCGGGCUGGAGCAUGGGCACCCGCUCGGCACCGACGCCGCGACGAGACGACGCACCACGGUCGGCCUUGGUUACGGGGCAGACCCUCGCGGCCUCUGCGCCCGAGCCGUCGGCUGCGGCCCCGACGACGACGACGAGCUCGUGGAGCAAGUCGACGUCGUGGAACGCCGCUCGCGGGAGAACAAACACCCUCAGCACGCGCGGCCCAACCCAGCCGGACACGCCCUAA